AUGGCAGAUGGGAAUCGAUCUGCCAAAGGGAAAUCCGUCAUCGUCGACAACGACUACGAGAUCGGCAGCACCAGCGGCCAUAAGCAGGGAAGCCAUGGAGACUUCAACAGCUGCUAUGACAGCCAUGGCGGUAGCCGCGCCGCGCAUGAUAAUGGCUAUAGCGCCCACUUAUUACCAACGAACUUUGACGAUAACAACAUGUUCAGCACAUUCUCUUUGCCUUUGCCUUUGCCUUUGACGAUAGCGCCCACUUAUUACCAACACGUAGAUCCGGGCUACUACGAGCUAGUGACCGGCCACAGCGGCGGUGGUACUACAACAUCCUUCCCUUAUGCCAACGGCGGCGGCGGCGGCGGCGCAAGCUUCCCCUCGCCUCACCUAGGUGAUGGCAUUGGCUUGCACUACGCGCCCCAUCAUGCGCAUGCACCCAACAGCAGGCGUUCAAGCUCGCCUCUCCCGUGGUCCAUGGAACAAAUCGACAGCUUCAUCGGCAACUCACUACGAUCUCUCAGCAUCCGCGACCGCGUCGACAGCCUCCUCGCUCACGGUGGCCGCCGUCGGCUGUCGGAGUUUAUGAACAACCUGCAGGAGCCGCAAGAUCUGGUCGGCACUGAGGAUGACGACGGGCAAAAUCAUCCUCGGCGUGGCGUCUUGAACAGCAACGCCGACCAGUUGUACGUGGGGAGGAGGCUGGAGGACGUGAGGGGCGCCAUGAGUAGCGUCGCCAGAAACACCCCCGGCUGCCGGUUCCUGGUCCGGAUGGUGGCGGAGGGCGGCGCCGCCGCCGCGCAGCAGGUGCUCCACGAGGUCGCCGGCGAUGUCCUCAGGCUCAUGGUCCACGCCGACGGCCACGCGCUCGUCGAGGCGUUGGUGCAGCACUUGACUGACGACCAUAUGGCGUGCGUGCUCCAGAUCCUCGACGCCGCGUCCCCCGCUCAGAUCGUCGCGGUUGCAAGAAACCAUCAAGGGUCCAACAUCCUUCAGGCGCUGAUCGGCAGAAUAGCUGGGAAUCCCGGUCACGCAGAGUUUUUCACCAGGACCCUCGCCCGCGUCGGCGAGAGGGGCGUGCUCUCCCUCAGUUCAUCACUGUCGCCAUGGCAAUGUCUCUCCACCGCGUGUGCCGUGACCGGCCGGCACGGCUGCCACGUGAUGAUCAAAUGCAUCGACAUGGCCGGCGUCGACGGGGAGAUGUGGAGCUCGCUCGUACACGCCGUGUGCUGGGACGGCUUUGCGCUCGCGGAGCAUGCCUACGGGAACUACGUGGUGCAGCACGUGCUCAGGUGCGUGCCCCAGGCGAGGGCCUCCCUGCACGCCGCGUUCCGGGGCCGGUACGUGAGCCUGUCCACGCAGAUGGCCAGCAGCCACGUGGUGCAGCUAUGCCUGGAGCUCUUCUCCCCGGAGCAGGCCGACGAGAUCGUCGGGGAGCUGCUUGGAUGCCACCACCACCAGCACUGGGGCUGCACCUUUCAGCAGCUCAUCAGCGACCGUUUUGCUAACUUUGUCUUGCAGACUGCUAUGGAACGUUCAGAGAUACAAAUGCACGAUAGGCUGCUAGAUGCUAUCACCGUGCACAGUGAUGAACUCCGGUAA